ACAACUUCCUUCCUCUCCGCUCCCCUGCCUUCCCUACCAUUCCACUCCUCCCCCUUACUUGGUCUCCCUUUCUUUCUGCUUGUCUUCUCUUUAGUAGUUUUGUUUCAGGUCUUCUGUCCUGACCUCCUGUCUUUAUCUACACCUUAUCUUUUUUACCUUAAUUCUUUCAGAAGCCACAAAUUCUCUCGACGGUCAUUCUUUCACCAUGGCUGAAAAGAGUCGUAUGCUAACAAGAAGAAAAGAAAGAAGAGAAAAUGAGUCUGCUGAAAUGAACAAGGAUGUAAAGGAAGUGAAGAAUGAAGGACAGCAGGGAGAGCAGGCAGUGGAUAAUGGAGAGGUCCCAUCAGCUGAGGCUGCGGCAACCAAUGGUGCAGUGGCUAACAGUCCGAAUGGAGAUUUUCAGGUGGAGCCAAUGGAACUACCUCCAUUUGAAAUCAUCAGUGGGGACCGGAUUGAUCCCUUUGCCUUUAAGUUCCAGUUUAAAAAUGUGGAAUAUUCCUCAGGCCGCAACAAGACCUUCCUGUGUUACCUGGUGGAUAAAGGGAACACAACUAAUGGGCUACUGAGAGGCUAUCUGGAGGAUGAGCAUACUGGGCCUCAUGCUGAAGAAGCCUUCUUCAUACAGUGUCUGCCGAACUACGACCCUGCACUCAAAUACACAGUCACCUGGUAUGUGUCCUCCAGUCCAUGCUCUGCUUGUGCAGCAAAGAUAGCUGAAGUGCUGAAGGCCAGGAAAAACGUCAAGCUGAGCAUCUUUGCUGCUCGACUGUUUGAGUGGGAGGAAACAGAGAUCCAGGCUGGACUGAAGGCCCUUCACGCCGCUGGCUGUAAACUGAGGGUGAUGAAGCCCCUGGACUUCUCCUACACCUGGGACACAUUUGUUGACAACGAGGACCAACCUCUGAACCUGUGGGAGGACUGCAAAGAAAACUAUGAGUAUUACCAAGAGAAGCUGGCUGAUAUUCUACAGUGAUUGCAGAAUCAAAUUGGGAAUGUAUUCACCCCCAGUCAUCAUCAUUACUUCUUUACAGAUGACUCAUACUGAUGUUGUUAUUGUUGUUGGUUGAUAAUGAUACAUAUUCAUAGUGCAUAUGAAUCUGACAGUAGAACAGCCAUGUGUGUAUAAGUGUGUGUGAUGCCUUUGUUUUUGUGUGUUUAUGAAUGCUGCAAUCAGACUUUCUGUGCCAUGGUGAAAGACUUUCUCCACAACAUCUGACAGCAAUCCCCAAUCUGACUUCCUGUGUGUGUGACAGACAGCCAGAGGGGUAUUCCAGGUAAGAGGUUCAACAAACUCCGAGUCUAAUCCUGAACUCUGAGUUGACUUACCCUGAGCUGGGGAACUCUGAGUAUACUGUUCCAGAACAGCUGAUUUGAAUUAGUUCAAUCAGCUCUGAGUAGGCACACCUUGAGUUAAGUACGUGUACAACCACAAUAAAAAGCCAUCAUCAGUGGAGUCCCAAUACCUCGAUUCACCAUGGCAACCGGAGAGAAAAAGCGAUCAACUUAUUUUACACCUGUGGAAUUGGAGGCGCUCAUGAAUGCCUACAGCGAAUAUGAGCAUAUAUUUCAUAAAAAAGUAACACUGCU